CGGCGGCGGCAUGAGGCGCGGGGCCGGCGCCCGCGGGAGGGAGGCGCUGCCGGCGGCCCGGCCGCUCCCGCUGCAGCUGCUCGCCGGGCUCGCCGCUCCCUGCCCGCGGGGCCCCGGCUGCUCUUGUUCCGGACGCUGCCCGGGUCGCCGCUGGUGACCAUUCGCCGCGCCGCCGGAGGCUUCACCCGCGCCCUCCCCCAGGACGCGCCCGCGGAGCUCCGGCCUCUUCGCCCCGCUUGCGGAGGCCGCGCUGCGCGCCGGGCGGCGGCGAGGCCGGAAGAUGGCCUGGGUGCUCAAGAUGGACGAGGUGAUCGAGUCUGGGCUGGUGCACGACUUCGACGCCAGCCUCUCGGGCAUCGGGCAGGAGCUGGGCGCCGGCGCCUACAGCAUGAGUGAUGUCUUGGCAUUGCCCAUUUUCAAGCAGGAAGAUUCCAGCCUUCCAUUGGAUGAUGAAACUAAACACCCGCCCUUUCAGUAUGUGAUGUGUGCAGCAACAUCACCAGCAGUAAAGCUACACGAUGAAACGCUCACUUACUUGAACCAAGGUCAGUCUUAUGAAAUUCGAAUGCUGGAUAAUCGGAAAAUAGGAGAUGUGCCUGAGAUCACUGGGAAACUGGUAAAGAGCAUCAUAAGAGUUGUAUUCCAUGACAGACGGCUCCAGUAUACAGAGCAUCAGCAACUUGAAGGUUGGAAGUGGAAUCGCCCAGGAGACAGACUUCUUGAUUUAGAUAUUCCAAUGUCUGUGGGAAUAAUUGAUACAAGGACAAAUCCAAGCCAGUUAAAUGCAGUUGAAUUUCUGUGGGAUCCUGCAAAACGUACAUCUGCUUUCAUUCAGGUGCACUGCAUCAGCACAGAAUUUACUCCCAGGAAGCACGGAGGUGAAAAGGGAGUGCCUUUUAGGAUCCAGGUUGACACCUUUAAGCAGAAUGAAAAUGGAGAGUACACAGAUCAUCUACACUCAGCUAGCUGCCAAAUCAAAGUUUUUAAGCCUAAAGGUGCAGAUAGGAAACAAAAAACAGAUCGAGAAAAGAUGGAGAAGAGAACUGCUCAUGAGAAGGAGAAGUACCAGCCAUCCUAUGACACCACGGUCCUCACCGAGAUGAGGCUUGAGCCUAUAAUUGAAGAUGCAGUUGAACAUGAGCAGAAAAAGUCCAGCAAGCGGACUUUGCCAGCAGACUACGGUGAUUCUCUGGCAAAGCGAGGCAGUUGUUCUCCAUGGCCUGAUACCCCCACAACCUACGUGAACCACAGCCCAUCCCCAGCGCCUACCUUCUCGUCCCCACCACAGAGCACGUGCAGCGUCCUAGACAGCAAUUCUUCUUCCCCAAAUCAUCAGGGAGAUGGAGUUUCACAGGCCUCUAGUGAACAACUGCAGCCUUCAGCCACAAUCCAGGAAACACAACAAUGGCUGCUCAAAAACAGAUUCUCUUCCUAUACAAGACUGUUCUCCAAUUUUUUAGGUGCCGACUUACUAAAACUGACAAAGGAGGAUCUAGUACAGAUUUGUGGUACAGCCGAUGGGAUUCGGCUUUAUCAUUCACUGAAGUCCAGGUCGGUGCGGCCCCGCCUGACCCUCUAUGUCUGCCGCGAGCAGCCAGUGCAGCAGGGGCAGCAGCAGGCAGCUGGUGGUGGGGGCGACAGCAGCAGCGCCACGCCCUACGUUUAUCAUGCAAUCUACUUGGAAGAAAUGGUUGCCUCAGAAGUUGCUCGAAAACUUGCGUUGGUGUUUAAUAUUCCUCUCCAUCAAAUUAACCAGGUUUACAGACAGGGUCCCACUGGUAUUCACAUUCUUGUUAGCGAUCAGAUGGUUCAGAAUUUUCAAGAUGAGAGUUGUUUUUUAUUCUCCACAGUAAAAGCUGAAAAUGGGGGUGGUGUCCACAUAAUUUUGAAGUGACGUCUUAACGUAGUCUGAACUUCAUUCAGCACCAAAUAAAGUCACGCUUAAAAGUGUGUGAAGACUGAAUCCAAGAAGCCUUGGGAUUGGAUUUUACCAUAUGAGAUGUUUCAUAUUGAAAACACAGGAUGACCUUUCUAAUGAGCUGUGAGAGGCGCAUCUCACCGUCACCAUCACGGCCCCUCAGGAGAGCGAGUGCCUGGGGCCGAGGGACAGGCAGGACCACCUGCUUCUCUGGCGGAGAGGCCAGUCGACACAGUUCCUAGAAGCAGCCAUUGCUGUCUUUUUACACUGUAUGCGGUUUGGAAGUGAAUGUAAAGACAUACUGUGGGCAUUUACCUCUCUGUGCCAGCUUGGCUUCUGUCGCCUGGACCUCAUGCUGACCUGGGGCAGGGUGGGGACGGAAUCUGUGUGCGGAGAGACACGAGGCCACCACUGACACAGGUGAUGGGUGGUCAUGGGAGAGGCUUGGCGCCUUCUCAGAAGAAAUCAUGUCUGAGGGUGAAUGUGUGACGUGAUCACGCCAGAGCGGGGAAGAUCCAAGCCGGGAAGAUGGGCUUGACGCAAACUGCAUUAUCAAGAGUACCUUGGUGAGAGGAUCAGCGUAAAUCCUAAUAGGUACAAAGACUUUGUGUUUUUGCUUUGUCACAGAUUUAUCGAGAAACUUUUUGCUUCUGCUUCUGUUCUUAGCAUUUUGUUUCUGGUUUUCAUUUUUGAAGCCCCAAUACCUUUUAAACUCGUGGGUUUUUUUCUUCUCUCCCUCUCGGUCUCCAAUUGCCCACCCCACUCUGCACUAUCCAGUCCUAAAACAUUUUUAAAGCCCUGACAUUGGAAAUACAUUUAGGCAGGGGAAGCAGUUUCUGACUUGGUGUUAACGGGUUUCAUUAUGAAGAAUUGAAAUUAUUCAUGGAACACUAGACAUCACAAAUCAAACACUAUAUUGUACCAUCAAAAUUCCUCUCACUUCUUCUGAAAUAUGAGCUUUAGUACAAUCAUGGGUAACAUUCUAGUGAUUAUUUAGGGACUUUUUUAUACACCACACGAUAGCUUUUUUCUAUAAAGAGUGCCUCUUUCACAAAACCAAAUGCUUGUCGGCCAGUACACUUUUCAAAGGGAAUCCACUGUUUUUGCAAUUUUUUCUACUACUUCUCUUCCCUUCACCCAAAGCCUUCCCAAAAAUCAUCAAGCAAGCAUUUGAGGCCUGUGGUGUACUAGACAGUUUUCUUCUCAAACUUUGAUUCCAUUUUAAUUAUACACCUCUGUCCAUUUACCCUGUGUCUUGGAUUUGAAUGUAUUAUUUGAUUCUUACCUUUGUUCAGGCAGAAAUAGGAAUAAUAUUGAGUUGAAAAUCUCUCCCAGAAGACAAACUACUUAAGUGAGUAAAGGCUUUGGCAUUGUUUUAUUCAUAAAGGGGGUUAUUUGAUCUGAGAAAGUACUGUCUCUAAAUGUUUCCAUCUUCAGUUUGAAAUCUGUAACUUGUAUAGACCCUAAAGCAGGAGAGCUUUCCUUUCUGUCAUUUUCCCUUUGCUUUUGUAUGACCACAUGUUUUCUGUACCAGUCACUUGGGAAAGAAGUGAGCUUAUCUCUCAAUUGUUUUAGAGUUUUGCUUGUCUAUUUAGCAUUCCUUUUUGAGUCUCAAGAUUUAUGGAACAAUAAAUGUCAUUUAAUGCUGUGUGCUAUUUUGAAUUCCUCAUCAGGUUUUAGAAGUGGGGUAAGAAUAAUUAAAAGCUCAUCAAACUUGAAAUUACACCAAGCGGCAAUGAACAUUAGUUUGUCCCAGUGAAAAAGGUUAAAUUAUGGCACCAGCAAAUUUGCUACUUUGUUUUUUUAAUAGUAGGAUGUACACAUUUCAGUAUAAUAAAUGUUUUCCGAUUGUUUUGCAAA